AUGUCCUCUAAGCGUAAGUCGCCGCCUUCCAAGCUGCAAGAGGGUAGCGAGAACGGGGAGGAAGAAGUGAGAGCGGGCAUGUUCUACAAACUGGAGUCAAGCAGCCCCGGUUCGGAGGGUAUGACUGACCAGGAACAGGAGGAGAAACAACCGGCCGAUUGCCACAAGCCUCCGCAGGCAACCCUCCUCAACAACAACUCGACCACCCUCAACCACAACAGCAAGAGGACAAUGGACGACGUCCUCAAGAGGCUAUCGCUCAAGAUGAACAAAGAAGAAGCGCCGAGAGGGUCUCCCAACAGCAACACGUGCGUACAUCAAGAGAGAAAUCCGGUUUAA